UUCUUAUCACUAUUUUUUUGUAAACAUCUUUUUUUUUAUUUUGUAUAAAAAAAAUACCAUCACUCCAUCUCUCUUGACCCUUAUUGCAAACUAGAUCUUCAACAUGUAUUCAAUGGACCGCAAAGCUAUAACAAUGGAACUAUCAUUAUCAAAGUGUUUUUCCAGUAUAUUGUCAAGGGAAAGGUUAUUUAUUGAACAUAUCCAUCAAUUAUGCUUAUCAACAAAAGUAGAACAUGAUCAAGGUUUGAAUCAUUGUUAUGGUCGUUAUCUUUGUGGAAUUGAUAUCUUCAUUAUCACCAUUACUAUUGUCAUCAUCUAUCAAAUAUUUAUUAGUGUAGUCAUGAUACAUCCUUCAUCAGUCUUAAUAUGUAGUAUUAUUAUUCAAUCAUCACUGUCAUUUGAAAAUAUGAUCUAUUUAUUGUUCAAAUCAUCCACUCAUUCAAUGGCAUUCAUUAUCUAUUUAAUUCUGACAUCUCCAACAAGUUUUUUAUGA